AGUUACGUUUGGUCAUAAAAACCAGCUGAAUUUUGCUAUUUUUUACGUUCAUUGAGGUAUACUUAUACUUCAUUUAUAGAGCAUAUGUUACCUGAAACACCUCAUCAGCCUAGAAAUUCAUUCCAAGUUAAAGAAAUGGGACUGUAGUGAAUAAUAAAGUGUGGUUUGUAACGGCGACCCUGGAACCAUGGAAACAACGCCAUAAAAUACCCAGGAGRAAACAGGGAUUAUUUCAUAUUUUACGUGAUUAUAUUGAAGGUUAUCAACUAUUAUCUACCAAGUUUUGAAUUAUCUACUGUGCAUUUGAUGGAUAUUGCWUAAAGAUAUGUCCAUUUUGCUCAUUUGUUGAACUGUGUUAAAGUGAACAAAGUCAAUAAUGGAAGAAGAAAACUUAAAUAGAUACAUACCAGAACACCCUUUACCAAAAGAGAUCCAAGAAAUGCAGAAAGAUGACACCGUUUGUCAGUUCUGUGGAGUUAGUUAUCUCAUCCAUAAUGAAAUGAAGGCUUUAGAAGAAAGAGUGAAAGAAGCAGAGAGACAAAUGGAAUAUUAUAAAGGGAGUGUAGAGAGAGAARAGAAGUUGAAGGUUAAAGUAAAAUGUAUGGAAGAGGAAAGUGAUAAAUUGUCAAGAACAUUACAGGCAAGUGAGGAAAGAACAAAAAUAUYCUUAUCAGAAAUAAAACUAAAAGAUGAACAGCUGAAUAAUUUGCAACACGAAAAAGAGGAACUAGAAGAAAAAAUAAAUAAAACAGUAGAGGAAAAUGAUAAGAUAAAGGGACAUAUUGUACAAUUCAAAAAGACAUUUGGUGAUGUGGCAAAACAAUUGAUAAGUUACAAAAGAGAACUGGAUAAUUUAAAAGCUAUGGUAAAGAAUCACUACAAAGGGGUUUUAAACUAUUCAAAAGGAGUAAAUAUAUCUGUCGCUGAAGUAUGUGAAAAGUUUAACAACCAAGAUUAUGAAGAUUUAAGAAAAACAUUGGACAAGUACAAAACUGAGAAUGAAAGUUUUGCAAGUAGUGUAAAGCAGCUUGAAAACAAACUCACCUCAGCUGAGACUGAAAUGGUUAAGUUCAAAGAAGUUGAUAAAAGAGCAAAUGAAUCAAGAAGAAAAUGCGAAAGUCUGGAAAAUCAGUUGAAGACACACCAGGAAAAAAUAAAAAUUUUGGGUGACCAAAACAAGGAACAAAAAUCCAAAAUAUCAGAGUAUGAGGAAACGCUUUUGUCAACAGAAAAAGAGACAAAAGAGUUGCUUCAAAAACUUCAAAAGAAUGAAGAAACAAGUAAAAYGCAAAAGCAAAAUCUGCAAGAGAUUAUUCUUAAUAAAGAAAAAGAACUGUAUAGUAAAGAGGAAGAGUGUAAAACUCUUAAAAGUCAAGUAGAAGAGUUGAGUCAAAGAGGGAAUGAGACAAAGGCAAUGGCAUCUAGCUCACAAGAGGAAAUCAAGAGCCUGAAAGAUUUGCUUASAAGUAAAAACAAUGAAAUAUCUGCCUUACAGUCUGAAAGAGAAAAAAUGAUAGUUGCUCAUCAUAAUCGAAUAGAGCAGCUUAGAGAAAGUUUCAAGAAGAAAAUGGAAGAGGCAGAUGCUUGGCCUGUGAAGUUCGAAAAGGCUAUAAAAGAACUGGAACAGAAAGCUAAGAUGGAGAAAGAUGACAUGUGGAAAGACCUUAAUGAAUCUUUUCAAAAGGAGAUGCAAGAAGAGCAAGAACGACACACCAAUGAACUGAACAUGUGGAAAGAUGAAGCCAGGACUAUGCAAAACAAGUUUAAAGAAGACGUCGACGCCUUGAAUCAAAAACAUCGCGAACAAGUGCGUAAACUGCAAUUUGCAGCCAAAGAUGAAAAGACCCAAUCCUCCAAGAUAAAGGAAUCUAGUUCAUCUAUAAUUGCUAAUCUAGAGGAGAAAGUAAAAGAUCUUGAAGCAAGACUUCGGCAGCGAUCCACCUCCUCGUCAGAAGAAGUUACCUUACUACAAGCACGUGUUCACGAGCUACAUAAUGUCAUGAAUGAUGCAGAUCAGCAUAUUAAGGAACUGGAAACAGAACUCUCGUCUACAAAAGAACAAAAUUUAUUACUUCAAGAUACUGUCCGUCAAGAGUGUGAAGAAAGACUAGAGCUGACAGAUGCUCUUAGCAAAGCAAGAACACAACUCCUUUCCUUAAAGAGAAAAAAUAAAAUAUCUCUUUCAAGAACAAGUUUAAACACUUCGGGAUCCAGCCACUCACUAUCUGGAUCAACCAGAGAUGGUACCAACAGUUCUUCAUCUACGUGUUUAGUCGGUUUUGACGGUGUGAAUAUCAAAUCUCCGCCUGUUCCUCAAGAUACUGGACGUAUUUCUCGCUCUGGUAGUGUAGAUGAUAGUAGACAGCGUAUCGCAGCUGCUCUUGGAAGAAAUAGCUCAAAAAGUAGGCUUGGUGACAACUCUAGUAGGUAACGUUUUGUAUGAUUUAGUGUAAAUUAAAUAAAGGUAGAAAGUGGACUAAAAGACUGAGAUAAGGAUAAUUCCCCUUAGCGGGGGGGCAUCAGCGGUACCGAGGUGGAGAGAAAACCUUGGGCGAGUUGGCAAUGCAGUACAUUGUUGGGACGAAGUUAUUAGGGGACGAAAUAGGCUCCGUCUUCCAGCUGAGCGUUGAAUUUUGUUUCAGCCAAUCACAGCGCGUUAAGCUGUUUUGCCUCCGACCAUCGUUCAUCUUUUAAGCUCCAAAAGUGCUUUGCGCGCCGAGUUCACCGCUCAGCUUGUUGGAAAUAUGUCUAAUAUCAUUUCAACCGAUCUUGGAUAACGUCAUUUUAAUUAUUCUUUCUAAAAAGCAAACAGUUAUGGAUUCGGUAACCUAAAAUCCAUCUCGUGUAGUGCUUGCUUAUGCUCGUAUUACUUGCUGUGUUAAGAAUUAACAGGAGACGAUCGUUUUUAUUUUACCUAUUCACUUUCAUCUGGYUUCGGCAUUUGAAAUUGUUUUGAUCAGAGAACAAAACUUUACAAAUACUCAACGAUAGACUGAUUAUUCAAAGCGGAGUUGAACUAAGUUGCACACGGUUACUAUCGCCAUUUUUGUUACAAAUGAAUUAUCGAAUAUUAUUCCUGCAAUGAAGUUUGGCGCAGCAGCUUCAGCCAGCUUUAUCACAAAACUAGGGGCUUUCGUAUUUUUUCACUUAAAUAUACAUAUAUUUUUUUCUCUUAAAUCAUAGCAGUAUUUAUUAUAUAAACAUGAGUGUUUUACUGGGAAAUACACCAUUCGUAUUUUUCGUACAAACUACAUCCGGGACCUGAGUAACAUAUUUUCCAGAUCUUCACUAGUGAGGAUAUCGAGGACGUCACUUGUGAUGUUUUCGUGGACCUGUUUUGAUUAACUUGCGUAGUUUUUCUUCGUGGAUUUGUCAAUAUAAAGAAAGAAAAUUUCACAUUGGCUUUAAAAUAUGAAGUUUAUCUUCUCGUGUUGAAAAAUUCGCUGCGCUCACUCGUGAACUACUUUUACCACUCGAAGAUAAACUUCAUAUCUUCGCUCCACCAUGUAAURUCCUCUAUAUCCAGCAAUUAAAUUAACCUUAAGGUUUAAAAGUGUGUGUGGCCUUGAAUUACGAAAUCGUUAAGRAUAAUUAGACUUUUUUGUGGUUAAAUGACACGGGAAAAACGCUAUAAUAUUCACAGUAUAUAGAACACAUCAGUCGGUAAGUAGUGCUGACCUGUGUACUACAUAUUCAUCUAUUACACGUAUUUUGUUUAUCUCCCGUUAARAGUAAAAACACGAACAUCUUGUUAGAUUUUAUCUCGCUCUAAAUUGAAAAUGUUAUCAUUAUUAGU